AUGUCGACCGUCAUCCUUGGAGGAGGCAUCAUUGGAGCCUCAAUUGGGUACUACCUAUCUGCUAACCAGCCAGAAGGUGAGAUUCACAUCGUUGAGCAAUCCCCAGAGCUUUUCACCGCAGCUUCGGGAUUUGCCGCCGGUUUCCUAGCCAGAGAUUGGUUCGAGCCAUCUCUUGCCCCUCUUGGUGCUAUGUCCUUCGACUUGCACCACGAGCUUGCCGCAGCACAAGGCGGAGAGAAGAAGUGGGGAUUUAUGAAAGGAAUAGCAUUCAACUUAGACACCGUUACUCAACGCAAGCGAGGUGGUCCCCGGGGUGACGAUUGGUUGCGAAAGGGCACAAGUAGAGCAGAGACCGCGGCUGGAUCUGAGGAUACCACCCCUAUUGAGUUUCCGGGGUGGUUGACCAUGCAAAAAGAGGGAAUCCUGGAGAAAAUCAGCCAGGGUGAAACUGUGGCUCAAGCAGAUCCAUUGCGGUUGAGUCAAUUCCUCAUUGACGGUGCUGUGGCCCGAGGUGUUCAUCUUCACAAUCCAGCCCAGGCAACCGCAGUGGUCAAGGAUGGGAAAGGUACGAUUACUGGUAUCAAAAUUUUGUCUUUGGAAUCCAAGAAGGAAUCAAUAAUUCCGUGUACGAACCUAGUGCUGAGCAUGGGGCCGUGGACACCACAGGUUCUCAGAGAUCUAUUCCCCUCCUCUCGAGUAUCAUUUGAUAUAUCACCUUUGGCUGGUUAUUCACUGGUAAUUCGAUCCCCUCGGUACACAAUGGAGCACGAGAGAAACAAUUAUCGGGGAAGAAGCCAUGCUGUGUUUACCACGCACCCUGCGUCGUGUGGAUUUAGCCCUGAGAUCUUCCUUAGGGAAGGCGGAGAGAUUUAUAUCGCAGGUCUCAACAACCCCACGAUGAAGCUUCCCCCUUGCGCCAUGGAUACCAGUCAGCUUUUUGAUCCCUCCGAGAUGCAGAAACUCAGAGACGUUGCAGUCCGCUUGAUGGGAGAUCUUCCCAAGGGCGCAAAGGAGGCCACCGACAUAUCGGCCAACAAAGAUGACUUAGAGAUUAUUCGUGAAGGGCUGUGUUUCCGCCCGGUGGGAGAUACUGGUGUUCCCACAAUUGGAAGAGUUGGAGAUUGCUCUUUGGGAGGGGUGAAAGCAAACCCCAAUGGAGGCGUCUUCAUAGCCGCUGGGCACGGAGCGUGGGGAAUCUCCCUGUGUCUGGGAACUGGAAAGGUGAUUUCUGAGAUGAUCAAAAAGCAAAAGCUCUCAGCAGAUGUGAGCGGCUUGGCAGUUCGGGACAAAAGUCCUAGCUCCAAGCUAUGA